AUGAGGACCGCGACGGGUGCAAAUACGAGUAAGAUCUCGCAGGAGUUGUUGGCGGCUUUGUUGACAGGUGAGGGGAUCCAGCCUGAACUUGAUGACGACGUGGGCGCUCGGUUGUUGGUUGUGGGUGAUAAGGGAAAGGAUCGCGCCAACGCCCUUGUGUUAGCUCCUGAAGUUAAGCUUCGGAGGCUCGAUAUCCAACUGGACGGCUCGAAGGAUGGAUCACGACAGUUCGACCUAUGCAAAGACUCGAGCAGAUUUAGAGUUUUCUGGUCUCCUGAGGCGCCUGCUCCGUAUACCGAGUCGCUGGUGUUCCGUGAUGUGAAGAGGUUCAUGAAGACUGUGAAGGACACUUCAGAGAACAGUGUAAAGGAUAAUUCAAUGAGGGUUGUGGACGGAUCGGAGGCCCCUAAGCUUUUGAUGGAGCAGGGUAGAUCGGAAUCCGACAAAGUUUGGAUGGACGUUUUCGGUGCCGUUGAGUCCAAGUUAGUCUCGUACUUUCAUAAUGAACUGUUGGAAACACCUGACGGUAAAUUGGAGGUGUUUGCUUCGAAGAAGCUGACGGCGCGCAAGUUGCAAGUUUUGCAGCCAGUGGUUCCGGAGGGGUGGAAAGACGUGAUGCGAAGGGCCACGAUUGACUUGGACCGUUUUGACAUCGAAUCCGUCCGUGUUCGGCCUACAUGUCAUUCGCUCAUGUGGAAAAGAGGCGCCAGCCGAUGCGUUUCGGCGUCUGACCGCCGAGUGCCAGUCCAGGCCAUCGGAGAAUGGAGUUCAAAGCACGUAUGUUUCCCUGACGGGAACGGGCCCGACGGGAACGGGCCUGACGGGAACGAGCCCGAAUUUUUAUGA